CAAUUACAAUGACCAUUUGAAAGACCUUUCCUUGUUUUUCUUUUUCAUUCUCUUUACACACAUCAUUUUCUUUUUAAUAUUCAAUCAAUCCAAUAGAUUAAUUUUUCAAAAUUUGACUAUCAAAACCUUAAUCCCAAAUCACCAAGAUCAAGAAUCCAAUCCCUUCCCCCUUUCUUCCCCCAUCAAAUUUCUUAUUUGGUGUGUGGAAGAGAGAGAGAAAGAUUGAUCAACAACAAAAAGCUCCUGACGACGGUUAUUAGCUAGCCACUGUGAAAAGAAAGAGAAUCAACAUGUCUUGCACAUCGUCUUCCGCAUCUGAUGAGGACGAGGAGGGAAUCGAUUCAUAUAGGAAAGGUGGUUAUCACGCUGUCCGAAUUGGUGAUCCCUUCAAUGCCGGUCGUUACAUCGCCCAACGAAAGCUCGGAUGGGGCCAAUUUUCCACCGUCUGGCUUGCUUACGACACUCAAUCUUCCAACUAUGUUGCUCUAAAGAUCCAAAAAAGUGCUACACAAUUUUCACAAGCGGCCCUACACGAGAUUGAAGUUCUUUCAGCUAUAGCCGACGGUGAUCCCUCCAAUACAAAGUGUGUUGUUAGGUUGAUUGAUCACUUCAAGCAUUUAGGGCCAAAUGGGCAACAUCAGUGCAUGGUUCUUGAGUUUCUUGGUGAUAGCUUACUCAGGCUGAUCAGACAUAACCAUUACAAAGGUCUUCACUUGAAUAAAGUUAGAGAAAUUUGCAAAUGUAUUCUAAUAGGUUUGGAUUACUUGCAUAGAGAACUUGGAUUACUCCACACAGACCUUAAACCUGAAAAUAUUCUCCUUUUCUCCACCAUUGAUCCGGCUAAAGAUCCAGUUAACUCAGGGGCCUCCCCAAUUCUUAGCAGACCUGAGAGUAACCUUAAUGGUGGAUCUACGAUGAAUAUAAUUGAGAAAAAGUUGAAAAGAAGGGCCAAAAAGGCAGUUGCCAAGAUAUCAGGGAGAAGAACUACAAUGGGAGGUACCACAGAAAAGCCAGAGAGAAACUUGGAUGGGGUUAAUGUGAGGUGCAAGGUUGUAGAUUUUGGAAAUGCAUGUUGGGCUGCCAAGCCAUUUGCAGAAGAAAUCCAAACACGACAGUAUAGAGCUCCUGAAGUCAUUCUACGAUCUGGCUAUUCGUUCUCUGUUGAUAUGUGGUCAUUUGCUUGCACUGCUUUUGAGCUUGCUACUGGUGACAUGCUAUUUGCUCCAAAGGGCAGUCAGACAUUUUGUGAGGAUGAGGAUCACCUUGCUCUGAUGAUGGAACUUCUUGGAAAGAUGCCUCGAAAGAUCGCAACAGGAGGUGCAAGAUCUAAGGAUCUAUUUGACAGGCAUGGUGACCUAAAGAGGAUCAGGAGGCUGAAGUACUGGCCCAUGAAUCGAUUAUUGGUUGAUAGGUAUAAAUUCUCUGAGGAUGAUGCUCGGGAAUUUUCAGAUUUUUUGUGUCCUCUUUUUGAUUUUGCACCAGAAAAGCGGCCAACCGCUCAACAAUGCCUCCAACAUCCAUGGAUCAACUGCACAGUCUCUAUCAAUGUCGACAUGAAAAAUCAAGGUGUUGCUACUGUGGAGAAGUUGGAAGUGGGGGUGAACAACCUCCAUCUAAAGGCGAAGAAGUAGAGAAGGGCCGAUGGAAAAGAUGCUUGGUUGCAUGCAUCAUUUUCAGGCACCUCCCUCCAUAUAUAUGAAUAUUGAUUUCUUUCCUUUUUGAAUUUUUUUUAUAUUGGCUUACCGUAACCAUUGUUUUCUUAUUUAAAGUUUUUUUUUGUAUUUGUUAAUGAAUGACGAACUAAAAUGUGGAGUGGUGAAGGGUACUAUUGCGAAAAGAUAUUACUUGAAGCUAGAGGAGGGUGGCUAUUGUACUAACUAGAGAAUAGACUACAUAUUAUUGUGUUGAUUACAUGCUAAUGACAUUUUUCCAUUGAGAAAAUAUAAUCACUUGUUUCUAUAAUGGAGCCAGGUGU